AUGGAUAUAUUGUUAAGAUUUGUAUCUCCAAAUCCUUUAAGGUUAACAGCGACGAGAUUGAUAUUAAAUCAUGUAGCACAUUAUACAAGAUUAGCUGAAGUUGGAAAGUUAGAAGCUCCAAAAACAACAGGGAAAUAUGAAACUGGCCAACUUAUACUACAUAAAGUAUUCGGAUAUAGAGGAGUUAUACUGUUUCCUUGGUUAGCUAGAGUUUAUGAUAGAGAUGCAAUAAACAAGAAGGAAAAUGCAGAUUCCUCAGGUGCUUCUAAUGCUUCAGGCGAUAAUCUAUCAAAUGUUGGAAAGGAAGUGAAAGGACGAACUCAUACAUUUUAUCAGGUUCUUAUUGAUACAAGAGAUGCUCCAUACAUAAGAGCUCAAACAGAAGCGGUGACAUUUCUAGGAAACCAGGAAUCUAGUCGUAGCCUGUAUGCAAUACCUGGCCUUGACUACGUGGCUCAUGACGAUAUAAUACCUUACGCGUCAGUCGAGCGGGUGCCCUUACAACAUGAGCUAUUUGACAAGUUUCUGAUGCAUAACCCUGAUAAAGAUCCCCCAUUUAUUGCUCAAGAGACGUUAAGGGCCUGGCAGAAGAAGAAUCAUCCCUGGCUAGAGUUGAGCGAUGUCCACCGCGAGACGACAGAGGGCGUGCGAGUGACUGUCAUACCAUUCUACAUGGGCAGUCGGGAGUCUCAAAACUCAGCUGUAUACUGGUGGCGGUACUGCAUUCGUCUCGAAAAUUUGGGCUCCCAAGCGGUGCAGCUUCGUGAGAGGCACUGGCGCAUCUUUUCUCUGAGUGGCACUUUGGAGACGGUGCGAGGUCGCGGCGUUGUCGGACAGGAGCCGCUACUGGCACGCCACGCACCUGCUUUCCAGUACAGCAGCCACGUCAGUCUGCAAGCUCCAAGUGGCCACAUGUGGGGUACGUUUAGAAUGGAGCGCGAAGAUGGUUAUACGUUUGACUGCCGAAUCCCGCCCUUCUCGCUUGAAAGUAAACCGGACGAGGGAGGUCCAGUAGCUCCAUCUGCCCCAGCCUAA